AUUCAACCCUGACAUUCAUUUUCCUAUCUAUUGUCCUUGUAUCAAAAGGUUUCCUUCAUGAGUGCCGCAGUCGAAGAUUCUCGCAGUAGCCGCCGAGGAAAUGACAUAAGACCAAGCAACCAGUCCCGCCAAAGUGUGACCCCCAAAGAUGUAGCAACAAGCGCAACACAGUCAAGAAGAGGUGGAAAAGCAGGGGCACCAGUCAUGAGCCGGUCAACAGACAAUUCUCGGAACGGUUCUUCGUCGCAGGCGACAUCUUCAUUUGAUGAGGGCCCAGCCAUUCCAGGUUCAGAUGCCGGUGCUGUCGAUGCUGCUUUGAAGCAAGGCUUCGAUGCAAACGCUCCAGUCUACAAACCAGAGGCUAAGCCCCAGCCAGGAAGAUCCGAAAGUCCAUGGGGAACCAAGGCUGGAACAAUGGCAAAUGGCAAGGAUUUUUGGCUUGAGUUGCGCAAGCAGGUCUUCGCACUACAGCAAUCGGGCGGCACUAGUCAAGGAGGAUAAGUAGGCUCUCUCGGCCUUGGUUCUGCACAUCAAUUGUUUUCCAGCGGCAUCUACGAGGCUUAUCUACCAUAUGAUUCACGAUACCCCACGCAUUAUAGCAUAGCGCACAUGUUGGGUUGGGACUUGGGGCAAGGUGAGACGAAGAGUCCGCUUCCUUGGUGCCCCUGAUGGCCCUCAUCGCAUUAGGAUCAGCUCGAAGCGAGGUUUUAACCCUCAUUGAUCUCAUCUUCUGGAUUGCGACCACUCGGGUUUGUUUAGAGAUCUCAGCAGUCCACCGGCAUGGGUCCUCAAGCCGGUGAGCCGUGGCACUUUGCGCUGUUGGUAGGUCCUCCUCGACUGAAACUGUGCACGGCUACGCGAUGAUUAUAUUUAUAUACAUACGCAGCGAAUGACCUUUGAUCAUUUCUCGACGUUCCUCUUUAUCCACGCCGAACCCUUUGACGGCUCAGCCACCUUUGUUCAGAAAUACACAGAAAGACUUGUAUUCUCCUACUUUGUCUGACGCUCUCAGUGAAAGAAACAGACAUCAGUAUACAAUAGAUUGCCUCCGCAUUGCAUUCUAUGCCGGUUCACCAUGGCCUGCGAUAUUCUUUUACUCAAAAGUUCUUGUUACCGGCUCUAAG